AUUUAACGAUCGUUACAUAAUAUUAUUAAUAGUGAUGUUUAAAGGGGAACGCAUAACACGAGUGUCGACCUAUGAUUGCGAUCACUUUAUUGGCAAAGCUUUUUGCAGAUGGGUACUACCUUUUUAUCGGUUAUGUCAUCGACCGGCGACAAAUGUGGAACUGGAGGAUCUCAUGAGGUGUUCCCACGAUGACGAGRCCAGUCAUGUGGUAAAACGGUUAGAAAAUAACUGGAGUUUGCAAUUAAAGCAAACAAAACCAAACUUUUGUCGUGCAUUUUGCCAGACAUUUGCCACUAGUCUUAUACUGCCAUUAAUUUUAUUUACAUUAGAAGAGUGUAUUUUAAGGACAUUGCAUCCAAUCCUAUUGGGCAUAAUUGUACGCUAUUUUUCUACCGCUGCUAAUUGUGAUACCACUUGUGAUAUCAAUAGUGUUCAGCCCAUUGGCCUGACAGCCGGUACUCUAAUCGUUAUAUUUUUGUUGACAAUAACCGCACAUCAGUGGGCCUUCAACUUCGGCUCACAGUUGGCUAUGAGGGCCAGAGUCGGCUGGAAUGCUAUCAUCUAUAGAAAGUGUCUUAAACUAAGCCGCACUUCGUUGGCCAACACAUCUGCCGCCCAUAUAAUCAAUUUGAUGACAAAUGACAGCAAACGCUUUGAUGAAUUGGCAAUUGUAGUUCAUUUUCUAUUUAUAGUACCAAUUCAGACACUAAUCUUUCUAUGGAUUGCCUGGCAAUACAUUGGCKCCGCCUGUUUGGCCACAUUUGCCGGACUAUUAUUAUUUAUACCACUUCUCUCAUGGAUUAGUACCAAAGUCACAGAAAUUAGAUCUAAAACAUCACAAUUAACUGAUGACCGAAUCUGUUUGACAACUGAUAUUAUACGUGGCAUUCGUGUCAUCAAAAUGUAUGGUUGGGAACAAUAUUUCCAGAACUGUCUUCUGGACGCUCGUGAACGUGAAGUUAAUCAACUAAGAACUGCCUCAUCAGUAAAUGCCAUGACUUUAUCGUUUUCAUUCAUAUCUGCCCGACUACUACUGUUCCUAUCGAUCAUAACCCAUGUCCUCACUGGUGGYCAUUUGAAUGCCGAAAUAGUUUUCGUAACGAUUUCGGUGUUUGAACGGCUCCGGUAUUCGAUGACAUGGCAGUUGCCGCAAGCGAUCGCCGGAACUGCUGAACUGUUUGUGUCGUGUAAACGGAUUCAGGAUUUCCUUUUGAGUCACGAGAUUAAGAGCACCGAUACUUUGAACAGCAAAAACAAUGAUAAAAACAGCGGUGUUGUUGUUGUCGAUGAUAUAGGAAUCUCAGCUAAUAGGCUGACAUCGAAAGUCGUUAUUAAAGAUUCUCAAAAUAAAGAGCUGACAAAACUAUUAAUUAAUGACAUAACGUUUGACGUAAAAUGUGGUCAAUUGCUUACCAUUGUUGGACCGGUUGGUUCGGGAAAGACAUCGUUAUUGUUAUCAAUUUUGGGCGAAUUAGACGACAUAAGCGCAGACAGUCAGCUGUCUGUCAACGGUUCCGUGGCUUAUGUAAGUCAAAAAUCGUUUUGCUUUAACGGAACCAUUCGCGACAAUAUAUUGUUUGGACAACCAUACGAUGGUAAACGGUAUAAUAAAAUACUCUAUUUGUGUGCACUGGAAGAGGAUCUCAAACAUAUGAGCGCCGGUGACCAGACUGUUACUGGCGAACGGGGAACUACAUUGAGUGGUGGCCAACGGGCUCGUAUUAAUUUAGCCAGAUCACUUUACUUGGACUGUGAUAUCUAUCUAUUGGAUGAUCCGCUCAGUGCUGUAGACGCUUCAGUGGCCAAACAUAUAUUUGAGAACUGUAUAUUGGAUCAUCUGAAAGACAAAUGUGUUAUUUUUGUGACAAAUCAGAGACAUUUCCUAAAGAAAAGUACAAACAUAUUAUAUAUGAAAGACGGUCAGUGCCAGGGAUUAGGCGAUUUUGAUACACUACAGAAAUUGGGUAUAAAUUUAGUGUCGGAGCUCAACGAGUCGUCUAAUGUUAGUCAGGAAAGUGUCGGUGAAAGUGAUAGUGACUCUAAAGAAGACAUUAAAUCUACAGAAAAAAUGAAUAACAAGAAAAAGAGGACGAAUAAGAAGACUAACAGUCAAACUAAUGGCCAUUCAAUAAAUGGCAAUCAUUUAGUCGCAAACGGGUCUAACGUUAUCAGUGAUAAUAAUAAUAAUAAUAAUACCGAUCAGAUUACUUCAAGCAUGUAUUGUAAAUACUUUAUAUCGGGCUCCGGGUGGCCACUGGUGAUCAUUACUAUACUUUCCGCAAUUAUUACUCAGUGUUUAUUUCAUUUAACCGACUAUUGGCUGACAUUUUGGGACGGCAAAGGAAGUACAGAUGAAUCAGUAGACAAUAGCGGAUCGCAUAUAAACUAUAAGAAUAUCUUAGUCUAUAGUCUUCUGAGUUGUUGUCUCUUUGGAUUUGCAUUACUCAGAUCCACGACAUUCUUCUGGAUGUGUCUGAAGUCAUCGCUCGAGUGUCACAAUCGAGUUUUUAAGCGUCUUUUGCGUACAUCGAUGACUGUCUUUGAUUAUCUGCCAAUUGGUCAAAUACUCAACAAUUUUACCCGUGAUGUCGGAAUACUAGACGACACACUUCCCUGGAAACUGUUUGAUCUCAAUUUGGCAAUGAUACAAGUAUUUGGUCUAUUAUUUGUGAUCAUAUCAACCAAUCUAUAUUUUAUAAUACCUGUUUUCAUAUAUUGUUUUGUUUUAUAUCAUUUGAGAAACUAUAAUAUUAAUCCAUCGCUAGUCGUACGAAAAUAUGAAGCAAUAACCCGUAGUCCUAUAUACUCGCACGUAAGCACAACCAUCGAGGGUCUGACCACAAUACGGGCUUUUAGGGCACAGGAGUUGUUUACCAGACAAUACAAUAGCUACCAAAACGAUCACACGAGCACCUGGUUCUUACAGAUAUCUGUUUUAAGAUUUUUUGGCAUUUGUCUCGAUUAUAUCGGCUUUUUAUUCAUUGCAACAAUCAUUACAUUAAUCAUAAUAUUUAAAUCUGAGUUGUCCGAUUCRAGUGCCGGACUGGUGUUCUCGUCGAUAAUGGCAAUGAUGGGUUUGGUUCAGUGGGGUGUCAAACGUACAGUAGAAGUGGGCUCUUGGAUGACAUCAUUGGUACGUUUGAACCGUUAUAUGGAUUUACCCGAAGAGAACAUCGAACUCGACGAUAGUGACGGACAAAGGCGACGACGUUUUUGUGUACCCGAAGAGUGGCCCCGAAGUGGACAGAUAACAAUCCGAAAUCUGCGGGUCAGUCAUCCCAACAACAAGAGUGAACAGAUACUGAAGAACAUCGACCUGAAGAUACUGAACGGUCAGAAAAUUGGUGUCGUUGGCCGUACUGGCAGUGGUAAGACAACUCUCAUCAAUGCAUUGUUCCGAUUGAUUGCCAGCGACGGUCACAUAGCAAUCGAUGGUAUUAGUAUACAGAAUAUCGGUCUUCGAGAUCUGCGCCAAAAGAUAUCGAUUAUACCGCAAGAACCGACUGUUUUUAAGGCCUCUAUUCGCUGUAAUUUGGAUCCAUUUCGCGAGUACUCCGAAAACGACUURUGGACAGCACUCGAUGAGGUACAGCUCAAGUCACUGGUCGAACAACAGCCGCACAAAUUGGACACAAUUAUAUCGGAAGAAUCACUUGGACUGAGUGUCGGCCAAAAACAGUUGAUCUGUUUGUGCAGAGCUUUGCUGAGAAAGAAUCGGAUAUUGAUCUUAGACGAGGCAACAGCCAAUGUCGACCAUCAGACCGAUGCGUUGAUACAGAAGACUAUCAAAACAAAGUUCAACGACUGUACUGUCAUAACUGUCGCCCACAGAAUCGAGACUAUCAUUGAUUGCGACAGAGUUUUGGUCAUGAAAAAUGGUGAGAUUGUCGACGACAACAGUCCAUAUCUAUUGCUUGAACAAAAAGACAGYUAUUUUGCACAUCUGGUCCGACAAAUGGGUCGAUCGAUGGCCAGUCGUCUACAAGAAUCGGCUCUACAAAGCUCUCGGAAAUCAUUGAAUAAUAAGAAUAAGACUAACGAUUCAGUUCUUAGACAACGAAAUAUAUAA